GGAAUGAACCCUAUGAUGGCCAACAUGGGUGCUGCUGCUGCUGGCGGGUACGGCGCUGCAAUGGGUGCCGCGCGAAUGAUGCCCGGGAUGGGCGGCCCGUACGGUGGCGGUAUGGGUGGACCCGGAAUGGGAGUGGGUCGCGGUGGCGGUGGAAUCGCUGGCCCUGCUGCUGCAGGAGGCGUAAUGCAGGCAGGAGGUAUGGGUCCAAAUGUACCCCGCGGUCCCAGAGCUGCGUCUGGCGGUGCGGCUGGCACAGGACCUGCUGGCCCGGGGCCGCAACGUUCCGGACAGAGAGGGCAGCACAGCUAUCAUCCAUAUUCUCGAUGAGUUGCUGUCAGACUAAGUCGUUCGUGGUUCCUAUUUGAGUCUUGCACCCAGUUCACUUAAACUACAUUCAUAUAUAUGUUAUCCUACCUGCAGCCCUGUGUACUUCGCUUGUAUUCGAGGCCGAUCGAUAGUAUUGGCAG